AUGGAUAAACAGCCUACGGCGGUGUUUCGAAAUGUGGGGCAGUCUUACUUCCCCCAAACCAGAGUGGAGUGUCACUACAGUCUGACCUCUGAGCACCGGUGGAGCAGCUGUGACUGGAUAGGAAUAUUUGAGGUAUUAUAUUCCAGAUAAACUCCAUUACUAUUCUGUAACUUUAGAUUAAAUAAAUCUAGAUAAUGAUACAGUCAUGUUAGUGAUGUGAAUCUGAAGUAUUUUUGUCGCUAUGCAGGUGGGCUGGUCUUCUGUGAAGCAGUAUUAUACAUACACAUGGGUUCUUGUUCCUGAAAGCUACGCAGAGGGGACCAAUGUCAACUGCUGCGCACUUUUCCAUUGUAAGAAUUCAGUAAAAUUUCUCAAACAGGUCACAAAAGUAGGAGAGAGAGAGAAUGAGAGAUAUUGACAGACAGUAAGAAUGAAACAGCAAUAAGAAGUUAUUAGCAUCAAUAAGAGUAAUAGACUUGAAUUUAUCUAAUGAUGAGCUCAGGAAUGAUCAUUUAAGUAUGACCAUAAAUAACUCUAACACUUUUAAGUCAUUUCAAUCAAUCAAUCAAAUCAAUUAAACUUUAUUUUUAAAGCACUUUUCAUACAUAUAAUGUAGCACAAAGUGCUGUCCAUUCAAGCAAGAUAUUAAAACAAUUAAAUAAAACAAAUAAAAAUACAAAUACCAAACCCCACCUACCCACCCAACCCCCAUUUAACACAUACAGCACUCACACGCUCACACACACACACACACACAGAUGCAUACACAAAAGACCAGGGUGAGGACUCUUCAACUUGCCACAGAUGACUGAGGAAACACUGGAUCUAGGACUAAAACAAUAAAACCAUGAUAAAAUAUAAUAAAGGCGAUAAAGCAUUAAAAGUUAAUUAACUGAAACAGUCUUAAAAUCAAAAAAUAAAAGAAAGUAAAUUAAAAAAGUGGUAAUAAAACACAAAAUUGUUACUCUACAACUAAAAAAGGGUAAAAUCACAUAAUGCAGAUUAAAAGAUUAAAACAAAAUUUAACUAAAUGCCAAACUAAAGGGUAGGUCUUGAGUUUACUUUUAAAAAUACAAACAGUAGGUUCAUAUUUAACAAGAUGAACAAAAAAAAGGAUGACAGAAGCUCAGUGUAUUGAGUUCCUCAUUUAUCUGAACCAGUAACAGCAUAACCAGGAUUAACAGUAAAGCCUGAGGCAGUCCUAAUAAUAAUCCUCAUAAAAGGCAAGUUUAUCUUAAAAGAAGAGAUUCUGAUGUCUAGACUCUAGGACACAAAAGAAGCCACAAAUGAGGGGCCUUUCCUCCCAGAAAAUAUUAACACACAAUCAACAAACAACCGUAAAUGUUAGUUUCACGUAUGAACACACACGGUGUCAUGAGUGGUAUAACUAACAUCUUGUAUUUUUGGUGUCUUGUUGUAACAGCUUUCUACUUACCUCACCCCAGUCCAAAGGAGUACCAGUUUGUAUAUGUGAAUAAGGAUGGAGAAGCAUGUGCCUUUAGUCGCUCUUUCACUUUCUGUGCGCCAAAGCCAUUGGAGGAGCUCGAAACUCUGAAAGAGGAGAAAGGGGAAGAGGAAGAGGAGGAUGGAGAGGAAGAGUUGCUUCUGGUUAUCCCAAGGGCUCAACUGCUUCAGGUUGGAAUGAAAAGGAUAACACCUUUUAAUCACGGGUUGUGCUACUAUUUUUAACUGUAAAAGAACACUGAACUUCAUUCAUUUUACAUCAAAGUGCUAAGAACCCCUUUCACUCCCUGUGCUGUUGGCAGAGUCAGUUGGAUGAAUGCUUGAAAAGACAGGCAGAUAUACAACAGGCUCUACAGGAGGCCAAGGAGGAGGCGGAAAAUGAACGAGAACACAACAAAAUAGCAAAGAUGGAGUGGGAGCUGGAAAGAGAAGCGAUGAAGGGAGAGAUCACUGAGCUCCGCGACAACUUAAGAUAUAACAGUGACACGCUGAAGAAGAUGGAGGGAAAACACAAGGUAGACCCAGUUCACCAAACCAGAUCUCCAAUCAUCUCCACAAUACUCAUAAUGUGUAAUCAUUUUCUUCUGUUCUCAUCAUACUAAGGAUGUGAGAUACAGUCAGGAAAAUUUGACCUAUGAGCUGAGUAAACUCAUGGCUGAGAAAGCAGAGAGCGAACAGCGAGUCAGAGAUCUGGAGGAGGAUAUGAAGGUCCUGACCAGCCAGGAGAAAGCGGAAAACACUGAACUGGAGAGGAAAGUUUUCCAGACAUCAAACAUUUUAGUUUAUAUAUAUCCUGAAACCUGA